UUUAUCCCGGCUCGCUUCACACUGGUCCCUCUCCCGUCGUGUCAACCCAGGCUAGCCCAGCAUCACCGCCUUCUUCUUCUUUCUAUCCCUUCUGUAUUUUCUGUCCUUCUCUCGUUUUUUUUUUCCUCCCGUCGUUUUCCGACACCCCGAGAGGAACUUCCUCUUUUUAUACUCGGUUUAUUUUUUUUCUUCUUCGACCACAAACACGCGUUUUUUCGUUUGAGCUGCUUCAGCCGUCGUGCCGCAUCAGCCGGGAGAGGAAAAACAUCCAUCCACGACGACGAGGAGGAGGCAGGGUGCGAAUACAGCAACGCCCAUUUUGACACCUACUGUAUCUCUUCGCUUUCGUAUCUUUUCUAUGUCUGCUCGUUUCUCCUCACUCGUAGCCUUCGUCCUGCCCUGCCUCUGUUUGCCGCCUCUAGCAUCUUCGAGUAGCGGCAAAUAUCAACAAGGGCCGGGGUGCUGAAGACCUCCAUGCCACCUAGAUCACAUUUCUGCAGACUGCAUCAGUGGCCUUAACCUCCCACACAUCUCUCUGCGGUUCUCCUCCACGUUCCUCCGGCGCCCCCCCCGUCCGCCGGCCCCCUCCUCUCCCUGCGCGAGCGCUCGGCUCCUCAUUCUCCUCUCGGGCCUCCCACCAUCGCGUCCAGCUGUGGCCCUCACAGGGCGCGCUCGCUGGCUCUCACCUGACAGGUCCCUGGCCUCAGGACGACAGCCAGCACCAACACGUUCCCUACAUGAGGGACAAAGCGACGCAGACCCCCAGGGCCUGGGCAGAUGAGAGGAGGAGGGGCUCUCACAAACGCUCGGCCUCCUGUGGGAGCACCGACCAGCUCAAGGAGUGUCUGUCUGUCUGUGAAACUCUCCAGAUUGCCAAACUGCGUCAGCAACUCCAGCGCAGCAAACGCAGCAGCCGCCAUCGGAGAGACAAAGACCGCAAGUCCCCGUUCAAUGGCAGCCACACCAUCAUCCAGUCGCAGUCGCCUAUGCCCAAAACCAUCCUGAUACCCAUCCCGAUAUCCAAGUCCUCGGCACCUCGUUUCCGCAACAGCGUGGAGGGCCUCAACCAGGAGAUCGAGCGCAUCACCAUCCAAGACACCCCUGAAAAGGAAGAGACCAUCGUUCCACAGGAUGUCCCAGAUGGGCACCGCGCACCCCCGCCCGUCCCCCCACAGCGCAGCAGCAGCACCCGCAGCAUCGACACACAGACUCCCUCAGGGGGCGGCCUGAGCGGUAACCACAGCAACUGCAGUAGCCGUCCCGAUUCCAUCUCGCCCUCCUACCUCACCGUCCUCAACGACAUGGGUGGAGGCAGCCCCUACGAGGACAAAGAGCUGGGGCCCUGCUCCCCGCUGCCUAAAUACGCCGCCUCUCCCAGACCCAACAACAGCUACAUGUUCAAGAGGGAACCUCCAGAGGGCUGCGAGAAGGUCAAAGUGUUCGAGGAGUCCAUGCCCAAACCUCUGCAGGAGAUCCCUCCCUUCCUGUGUCCCGACCGCAACAAGGUCAACUUCAUCCCCAACAGCGGCUCUGCCUUCUGCCUCGUCAGCAUCCUCAAGCCCUUACUCCCCGCCCCGGACCUCAACUUUCGCCCCGGCGUGGGCCUGCGAAGCCUCUCCCCGUCCCUCGUGCCUCUGUCCACCCAGCCCUGCCUCCUGGAGGAGCCUGAGAGCUUCUGAUGGCCGCCCCUCAAGGGCUUUCAAGUCACCACACUCACCCUCCAAAAGAACCCUCCCACCCUUCUCUCACGAAAUCAGAAAACAUUGGAAACUAGGAAAGCAACCCUUCUGCUCCCAAAAAAAACAAAAAAAAACAAAAAAAAAAGCCUUCAGCAUGCCAGCUAAGCUCUCUCUGAUGUCCUUAUCUUGUUGAAAAAGCGCUUCCCACUGCCUCUCCUCCUCAGACGACUACAACACGAGAGUCCUGCAGCCCCGUGCGGGCGUUUGCAGCUAACAUUUCAUUGCUUUCUUCUACCUUUAGUGCUGGUUAUGUUCCUGUUUCUCGGGAGGAAAAGGGCGAAAGGACAGACUCUUUUAUUUCAUCGUAUUAUACCAUGGCGCCUUUCCACGGACAUAUCUCUUUUUCUAUCUGUAGUUAUUUCUCUUGAUAUGAAAUAUGCCUUCCAUUAUGACAAAAAAAAAAACAAAAACAAAAAAAAAACAGGCCGCUGGUUUCCUUGGCGACCAAGAGUUUGACCACAGAGGCUAAUUUUGGUGCUGCCAGAUAUAAAACGUAGCAAAACUUGAACGGUCGCGACAAGGAGAAGUUAAAAAUGUGCCUGAUAUUUUAGACCGCUCAGUUUUCGCUGAACCAGCGUAGUGCUCUGAUCAUGUUCGUUUCCGUUAGCACGACGCACAUGAUGUUUGCACUACGAUGGCCACAGAUACAUGCAGGAAGGCAGGGACGAUGCGGGAAACAUAGAAAAAGCCCACACUUAAAAGCAGUAUUCAUUUUAGAGAACCUGUGAACUCAAUCCAGACAUCUGUUUUGUACUUUUCUCGAAAGCUGCUGUAAAGCGGUACAAGCUGAUGCCUUCCGUUACACUAACUGGUAGCAGUGAGCCGGUCCCCUGCCGGGCGGUGUGUAUCUGUGGGAAACAGGCCAGGGCUAUGAUGUGUGCAGCGUGUUCAACCUGUGUCUGCUUGCCCCUCCUUCCCAAGCGCCAGCCUUUUACUCACAACGUCCCUUUUAAACUCCGCCGCCAUCACAAACACCACCACCACCACCACCCUUAUGUUCCUCCUCUUUCCCUCUUUCUCUCCUUUUCUUUCCCUCACCGUCACUGUUACGCUGAUCUCCUUCUGUCUUGCUCAAUGUUGUCGUGAAAUGUUGUCCAGGAGGGUCCUCGUCCUCCGCUGGACAGGCUCCCUCUGGCUCUGCAGAGCCCUGAACAUGGAGAGGUUUGGUCAAAGUCAAACACUGCUGCUGCUGCUGCUGACUGUGACGAGUUCAGAUACAAAUCAUAUACAACCUUACCUACCUACCUUUUUAUUAAUCUGUGAUUCCUGGAGUCGGGGGAAAAAACCUGAAAGAUCCAUCGCAUCUCUGCGGCUCCCCUCAGCGUUUUAGCUUCUUUCAGCUCAUUGUUUUGGUUUGACUUCACUUGUUUUGGUUGAAUCUCACAGCUCCGUUCCCAUAAACCAACUUCUUCAUAUUCACAGUUGACCAGAGCAUACAUUUUGACUAAAAAUGUAGAUGGAAACUUGACUAGUGGUUACAGUUUGUGGCCAAAAGAAUAAAUAACUGCAGGUUAUGACUGUUACGAUGGAUAAGCAACAUAAACUCUAUCACGUGUGCAGGGGUGUCAGAUUUGAUCGGCACAAACAUUCGUCACACUUUGUUUGAUCCGUUACUAAACUCCUGAUUGGUGCACAGUAGAAGAAACGUGUGACAUCACUUUUUUUCCCAACUGAGAACCAACAAGAAAAACAAAAAUAUACAGAAAUCUCUCAUGUAAAAAAAAACAGAAAUGUUUCAGAUUUGAUUUGUAGUAAGAAGCAAAGUGAGAAAAUGAGGUCCGAGUGAGUUUCAUCAUACUCAGGCUCCUGAUGUCUUUCUUUCUUCACACACCUGACGGAGACGUAGUAGCAGUCACGUCACUCCGAGUGUAGUUCUUUGGUUGGCAGCCUCUCCAUGCCCCGGCUCUUCCUGUAUAUGUCAUUACUACUUGACUGUGCCUGCUACGGUGGGAUAGGAAUGUACUGGAUCUGUAAAUAUAGAGGCACACUGUGUUUGUAUUAUCGGCUGACAAAGAUAUGUAUCUGAAUGAGUCAACAAUUGUACCAUAUAACCCCCCUUACUCCUCCUCCUCCUCCUGCUUUUUCUCCGCUGAGUACUGUGAAUUACUACAUGUCUCAUUAUUGUGAAUAAUAAUGUAUUUAUUUAUCUAUCAGGAGUGUAAUUGGGUCUGCAGAGAAUUUUAACCAAGAAUAGAUUACAUCAUCCAUCUCAGGUUGUAGUGAAUAGGAUACAAAAAAAACAAAAAACAGAUAUACUAACUUCUCAGCGCACACUAACAAGUCUACACUACUAUAAAGAGAGCAAACCAACAGCUGCUAUAUAUGUAGCCUCACAGUGGAAAUCCUGAACGAUGUAAACCUGUAGCAGAGUAGAAGUAGAGAGAAGUGUGGAUGUCAUUUAUCCGGUGACCUGAUUUGGCAUGAGUAACUCGACAUGAAAUUACUGAAGACGGAAGAGUUGUGUUCCAAAAUGAGAUAUCCACUUGCUGAAAAACAAUCACACCCACGGCAACGCGUUGUCGUUUUUAGACUGUCUGUUUACAACUCAAAAGAAAAAAAAAAAAGGAGCAGGUUCACACACGCGGUAAUACAGAUUUAUUUCAGAGGUUUUUUUCCUUUCGGAGUGGAUAAACAGCAUUUUGGAAUGAGGCUCGACACAAGAAACGCAACGAUUCUUUGUUUGCUUGUCCAGUUUAUUGGAAACAGAACUGCCAAGUUUUCAUCUGUUAAACCCCUCGAGUGAAAUAAAAAGGCAUAGUUGAAUUAAAUAAAGCGUUUGUGAUUGACUUGAGAAAUACAUUCUUUUUUUUUUUUUUU